AUGGCCGAUCUUCUCGCCUACCUCCCUCCCUUCGAAGGUCUUCUCCCCAAAUGGCUCUUCCUGGUCUCCGUAAUCUCCUCCGCAAACAGCAUCCAAGCCUACCGCUCCGACGCCUACUCCGCCGAGCUCUACAACGGCCGCUCCAAGCCCGACGGCCACCCCUUCACGAACCCGCUGUCAUCGCGCACCUUCGCUACCUGGACCUUCCUGUCGGGCGUGAUCCGCAUGUACGCCGCCUACAACAUCACCAACUCCGUGUCGUACGAUCUGGCCGCGUGGUCGUUUGGGAUCGCGCUGUUCCAUUUCCUGGGCGAGUGGGUGAGCGGAACGGCGCAGUUGAAGGGUCGUUUCGUUAGUCCGAUGAUUGUGGCGUCGUCGACGCUGACGUGGAUGGUGACGCAGCGGGAGUGGUAUUUGGCUUAG